UCUUAUCCUAAGCCCUAUAACCUUUCCAGCCCGUCCGUACACAAAUCUUCCGUCUCAGCCUACAGCGAAAAUCAGCUUAGCAUUCCUGAAUUCAUCUUCGACUGGUAGAACAGAGUACAAUGGUGUCGCUUGCACUAUUACCUGAUGAACUACUUCUCGCAAUCCUCACCCAAGCCGCCUCCGUGCGCAGUAUCAAACGCGCUCUGCGGUUGAGACUUGUCUGCAAACGCUUUGCCAACAUCGCCACCACCGCCAUGUUCAACUCCGGCAUUCUCGACUGCGAAGAAAUCUCCGGCCGGACCUACAGAGCCCCGGAUUUCUGGGCAAAGUACCUUGCGCACCGAACGCUCAUGCAUGCACGUCGGAAGACGCAGAGUCGGAAUGUGAACAGACUGCUCCUCGUUGCGCAGCAUAUCUGCCGUUAUCGCCAUGCCUCUGCAGAUGAAACAUGUGUUACGACGGCAGCCAUCACCGACGAGGAAUUCAGAGAAUGCGUACUGGAACUGUGCAAAAUGGUGACCCUCCCACAAAACGGGGGGCCAUUCUACAUUAAAGAUUGGCUCGCAGACGUGACCGAAGGAGAGUUGGACGAGUCAUCCCUCGAUUUCAGAGACCUUCUUCUCAGAGCUGCAGCUUGGAUAGGUGAGCAAAGCCUUGUUGUCAAGCUAGUUGGAGAAGGCUGCAAUAAUCUCUAUCCUGGUCGCCCCUCUCUAUUUUUAUCGCCCCUCCGCGCCGCGUCCUAUCGCGGCCACGUUGACAUCGUCAAAUUCCUAAUGGUGGACGAUUCCGGCGAGGCCCCACACAUAUCCCUUCGCCCUGAUUUGAUCGUUAGUCUUGCCAUGCCUAACGACCACACUGAACUGCUCGAUCUCGCGCUGGAUCCUUCGUGGCACAGGGGUCAAGUUACGCCAGGAGACAUCCAUAAACUACGACUCUAUGCGCUGCAGGAAACUUCGAAUGUAGAAACGUUUAUACGGCUGUUAGGGGAUGCAAAACCGCACAUCGAUGACUAUGAACUGAGAUGGCUCCCUAUGCGAAUCCACCUUGCAGCAAGACGGGAUGAAGCAGAUAUCGUGAAGUAUUUGAUUGAAAAAGAGGGGGUAGACGUUAAUGACAAUAAGGAUGAUGAGUCGUUAUUUCAGUCUCGCCGCCCAGCUGAAUUCUUUGUGAGGCGCUGGUGGUAUCAUGAACGGGCCUUUAACCUGAUCAGUCGCGCUUCCAGACACGGGCAUGUAAAUGUUGUCAAGAUCUUGCUUGAUGCUGGGGCAAAGCACGAUCAUGCGAUUGAAUUUGCGGCAACGUGUGGAUCCAAAACGAUUGUGAGGUUACUGUGGGAGCAUGGGGAGAAUAAAGACGAUGCUGUGCAGGGGGCGUUUGCAAUGGCGGUGGACCGAGAAGAUACUGCGAUGUUUAAUCUUUUGGAACAGAUUGGAGCCAGGCUCGCUGAUGAUGUGAGAGUGGCGGUGAUCAAAAAGGCGCAGGAAGAGGGACUCGAGUCAAUGGUCAGAUUGCUAAGUAAAGAUGCAAAUGCAUCUUCUGAAGGGGCUUUCUGAUGGAUAGGGUAACAACACAAGCAUUCAACGGAUAUAUCACACCUAUGCUC